AGGAAGGGGGGUCGAGUUGGGCUCAACAUGAACCUGCCGCUUUGACACUCCGGGCUGGGACAAGCAGGCAGCAGCCGGCCGGCCGCCCCCCGAGCAGCACUCGCACAGGGGAACCCGCCUGGAGCGCCUUGAACAUCUGCAACAAGUUUUUACCUGGGUGCUGACGCGCUCAUGGCUGUCGCUUAUAGUGCUGUGACCCAGCCGGGCCUGUUUUCCCAGCAGUACCCCCCACCCCUGCUGCCCAAGCCUGGAAAGGACAAUGUUCGGCUUCAGAAGCUCCUCAAAAGAACCGCAAAGAAAAAGGCUUCCGCUCAGGCAUCGCAGUCCGCCGCGCCUUUCCGCUCCAGCCUUUCCCCUGUGAAUGAAGCAAGCCCUGACCUCGAGCACAGUGACCACUCCACGCCUCCAAGGACUCCAGAGACACCGUUCAGCCUCUUCGGUGUUCAGCAGCCUCAACGGUUCACCGUCAGGCCGCUGUAUCAACACGUGGCGUCCCCUUACCCGCAGCGUGCAGCUUACAAAAGAGAAGCAAGGUUCUCACCUCAGACGGUGGCGACCCCAUCAUACUCUUACUCACAGCAUGUUACCACAUUUUCUUCAUAUUCUGCAUCGACCCACCUUCCUGGAGUCUCAUCAGCUCAGGGGCCAGUUGCCGAGCAGGAGGUGCCGAAAAUAUCUCAGCCAGCCUCUUCUGUACCUGAGGCAACAGUGCCAGCUGCUGAAGUGAAAAAGCCAGCUUUUGGCACAUUUGGUGAAACUCAGGCUGGUCUUAGACCUGCUGCAGGUGCAGGAACUCCACAGACAAAAGGUCCAGGCCCGACUCCUUAUACAGCAACAGGGGGUCAAGCUGUGAUUCGCCCUCUCACUGUGUUGACCCAAUUCAAAUCCAAAAGUCCACGUCCAACAUUCAAAGCAACCGAACCUUCAAGAUCGCCCAAACCGAUGUUUGAUGUCCCUCAAAUUAGGAUGUACACAGCAAGCACAUCGUACUAUGAGUUAUCCAGGACCCCACCGGUGUAUGACACAGCUGGACUAACCGCUAUUGGCAGCACAGUACCUCAAAGUAAAGACCUGACUCUGGCAUCUGAGGUCAGAGGAGGUACAAUACCAACAGCUCAGCCUCCUUUAUUGGGCACAGAUCCUCAGAGGAAAACACCAACUUUAGAAAGUAAGAGAGGCACAACACCAACAGCAGAGAUCACUACAAGUGUAACUCCGACAUCUGAAAUCAAAAGAGCAACUCCGACAUCUGAGAUCAAACGAGCAACUCCGACAUCUGAACUCAAAAGAGCAACUCCGACAUCUGAACUCAAAAGAGCAACUCCGACAUCUGAGAUCAAACGAGCAACUCCAACAUCUGAACUCAAAAGAGCAACUCCGACAUCUGAACUCAAAAGAGCAACUCCGACAUCUGAGAUCAAACGAGCAACUCCAACAUCUGAACUCAAAAGAGCAACUCCGACAUCUGAAAUCAGACUAACACCAACUUCUGAGUUUCAGUCAAGGGUUUCGGCAGGAAGGCCUAAAACCCCAGCAUACCAUGUGACUCGGGCUGCAACGCCUGUCUUUGAAGUCUCCAGACCCAAUCCACUCUUGUUUGCCGUGUUACCAAUCACAGUAGAGCCAGACAGGUCAAGAACGCCCCAAACAGUUUCUGAAAGUGCGAAAGCUAUUGAAUCUAAGCCUACUGAAACACUACCAAACGGGGACAUUCAUUUGGACCUGACUCCUGCUGUUAAACCCGUCCAACAGAGCAUCACAAAGUCAAAAUCAGAGCCUGAUCUGACCAGAGAAACUGCUCCAACUGGCUCCCAAAGACCUAAAAGUCCAACAUCUGAGCUAAAAACACCAACAGUGCCUCCUCACGGCAACAAGAGGCCUAAGACUCCAACGUACGAGGCAUCCCGACUUAUGUCCACAUCACCUGGUUAUAAAAGACCAAAGACACCAACAUAUGGGACAUCGCCUUCUGGUGUGUCACCAGUGGCCUUUCAAAGACCUAAAACACCCACCCAAGUGUCUCAAAAACCAAAGUCUGGCUACCGUGGAUUGACACCGGCUGAAUAUGCUGCUUAUGGUGGAAUCAGAACUUACACUCCAGCAUUUGCUAUCUCCGGUUUUAAGACACAACCUGAAAAGGAGGUUAAAGCCUCAAAAGAGGAAACGGCAGAAUCCAAAACACCUGAAGAAAAGCCAUCUGUGAAGGAACAAACCACAUCCGAGGCGUCUCAAUCCAAAGAGACGGCCAAAGAUGUAGAUAAACCCGAUGUGAAAGAUCAGAAGAUCGCCACCGUGCCCUCGAUCCCUGUUAUUAUUGUCUCACAAGCAUCUGACACAGGAACAACACAAAAGGCAAGUUCAGUAUCCACUCAGGUUGCAGCAAAACAAGAAAAAAUAGCGGUUCAAGAAACACCAAAGGCUAAACCUCCAACAGCAGAGGAGAAAACCCCCAAGAAACCGAAGGUGACAGCACCAGUUCAAGAAGCCGCCAAACCAAAGAUGACACCUCCUGUAGCCAAACGUCCUCUGCCCAAAGGUGAUGACCAGGAUCCUCUGAAGGCAGUAAGAAAACUUUUAGGCAAAGAUAAAGUCCAGAAAACUGGAACUGAGGAAAAAGCUGACGUCUCAGUUAAAAAAGAGACAGCAAAACCUGUAGCUGCUACCACGUCUAAAGUCGAAGACUUAAAGGCAGCUGAGUCAACAGGAAGUGAGGACAAAGGGAAAGAAAAGAAAGCAGAAUCAGCUUCAUCAGAUAAAUACGAGAAAAAGGAAGCAGAUGAAGCCCCCCUUGCAGCCGAGCCCCUUCUUAAAGUCAUACAAAAGCCAAAGGGAGUGAAAUCUAAAGUAAGCGGGUGGUCCCGGCUCAAGAAGCACAUGGUGGUGGAGCAGGAGGAGCCCAAAUUUCCAGAGUUAGGCCCUCAGAAGGAGGCCACCGGGCAGGACCAGAGCGAGGAGAAAAAGGCUGCUGAGAAGGCCGCCGACAAGCCUGACACUCAGGACGAGAACCAAACCAAAGACGCUCCCAUGGCAACAAAGAUGUGGGACGCUGUCCUCUUCCAAAUGUUUUCCACGAAAGAGAACAUCAUGCACCAGAUCGAGCUAAACAAAAGCGAGGCGGAGAAGAAGGUGGAGGAGGAGCAAAAAGACGAGCUACAAGAGAUACCUUCGUUUGCCUACCGGCUGCCCGUGCUGCUUUUCAGUCCAAAGUUUGACGCUAAAAAGCUGAAAGAGGCGGCGUCGAGACCGGUGACGAAAAUUUCAACUGUUUUCGAAAUGGGUUUGAUUGGGCGGAAAGGUAAAGACGAGGAACCAAAAGACUUUAACAGAACAGCGAGGGGGUUCACCGCUAUUUAAGCUCAUAUAAAUUGCCUAGACGAAAAUGUAAAGAAAAAAGUUCUGAUACAGGUUUUAUGUACAGGUGCAGAAAUCUUAGUCUCUUUGUUAAACGAAUGACGUUUGUGUUGUAGAGAGGUCGGCUUCGAACUUUAUACUUGACAAAUGCUUUGUGUUGAAUUCGUGUGACUGGGUGUCUGAAUGUUAAAUGUUUGUAUUUGUGGAUUAUCUGAAAAAAAAGAGAGAGAAAACUAUAUUUGUCUUAAAGUCAUUCAGACGUUACAUCAGAUUAAAGCGUUUAUGUUUUCAGUAA